AGUGUUCGAACCUCCGAGACGGGUUUAACGCGUUCGUUUUCGCGUCCGUCCGUCCGUCUUGUGCGUGCGCGCGUUUGCGGUCGUCUCCCGGACGUGCGUAUUUGUUGUAUUGUGCGCCGCGAUCAUGUUGCGCCGGCGCGUCGUUCAAGUCUCCGCCGCGUCGUGAGCAACCGCACGCUCUAACCUCGGUGAUCGUCUUCGCCACCCCACAUUAAAAUUUUACACAGUUAUGUGAUUAUAGAAAUGUUGUCAAAAUCAUGCCACAAAGAGACCUAUCCGAGGUGGAGCCGGAAAAUGGAUGCGGUGAAGAAGGUUUUAUGGAAAAAGUUCGAGAGUCUAAUUCGGCUUGUGAAUCUGGAGACUAUGCACGAGCCAUACAAUUGUAUACUGAAGCUCUACGCCACUAUCCUAACAACCACAUUCUGUACUCAAAUCGUUCUGCAGCACUUCUCAAACUGGGUAGAUUUACAGAAGCAUUGCACGAUGCCACUUGUGCCCGCCAGAUCAACCCAAAUUGGCCAAAGGCACACUAUCGAGAAGGUGUUGCUCUACAAUGUUUGGGCAGACAUGGAGAUGCUCUGGCAGUAUUUAGCACAGGGCUCUCCAUUGAAUCUAAAUCUACUCAGCUUUUAGCUGGUCUUAUUGAGGCUUCAAUCAAGUCUCCUCUUAGAGGUGUACUGGAGCCUAUAUUUGAACAAUUGCAAAGCAUUAAUCAUAAUGGAGUAACAUUAGAUAAAUCUCCAUUUCUCGUGAUGUCUGUAAUAGGCCAAGAACUAUUAGCAGCAGGGCAAUACUCUGUAGCUGUUGUUGUUUUAGAAUCUGCCUUGAGAAUUGGUACAUGCAGUGCUAAGUUAAGAGGUUCUGUAUUCUCUGCAUUGUCUUCAGCUUAUUGGGCUCUAAAUUCUUUGGAUAAAGCUAUAGGAUAUAUGCAACAAGAUUUAUUAGUAGCUAAAUCUUUAAAAGAUAUAGCUGGAGAGAGUAGAGCGCAUGGAAAUUUAGGAUCAGCUUAUUUUAGCAAAGGAAGCUAUAAAGAAGCACUUACAGCACACAGAUACCAAUUAGUUUUUGCAAUGAAAGCUAGAGAAAUGAAAGCUGCAGCUUCUGCUCUCACUAGUCUUGGCCAUGUUUAUACAGCGAUUGGUGAUUAUCCCAAUGCAUUAGCAUCACAUAAACAAUGUGUACAGUUAGUAAAACAAAUUGGAGAAGUUCUUCAAGAAGCAAGAGAGAUUGGUAAUGUUGGUGCUGUUUAUUUAGCCAUGGGUGAAUUUGAAAGUGCACUAGAUUGCCAUAUGCAACAUUUAAAAUUGUCAAAAAAACUAGGAAACAAAGUCGAAGAAGCACGAGCUUAUAGCAACUUAGGUUCAUCAUACCAUUAUAGGCGAAAUUUCUCUCAAGCUAUUACAUAUCAUGAAAAUGUUCUAAGGCUUGCUCAAGAACUUGGGGAUAAAGUGAUUGAAGCUAGGGCAUAUGCUGGAUUGGGCCAUGCAGCAAGAUGUGCUGGAAACUAUUCUCAAGCAAAACAUUGGCAUGAAAAACAAUUAGACAUGGCAUUAAAUACACGUGACAAAGUAGGAGAAGGAAGAGCUUGUUCUAAUUUAGGUAUUGUGUAUCAGUUACUUGGAGCUCAUGAAUCAGCAUUAAAACUUCAUCAUGCACAUUUAAAUAUUGCCAAAUCAUUACAUGACCGAGCUGCCAUGGGAAGAGCAUUUGGAAACAUUGGAAAUGCUUAUAGUGCUAUGGGUUUCUAUGAGCAGGCAAUUAAGUAUCAUAAACAAGAAUUAACAAUAUCAAAGGAAGUUAAAGAUCGAAACUCUGAAGCAUCUACUCAUGGAAAUCUAGCAGUAGCUUAUCAAUCAUUAGGAGCGUUUGAAAUGGCCCUUUUGCAUUAUAGAGCUCAUUUAAAUAUUGCAAGAGAACUGAAAGAUACAGCAGGAGAAGCCUGUGCUUUAUUAAAUUUAGCCAAUUGUUUAAGUACUAGAACUGACUUUUUACAGGCCAUUCCUUUUUAUGAAAACUAUUUAAUGCUAUCUCAGGAAUUACAUGACGUUGAAGGGGAAGCAAAAGCAUGUCAUUUUCUUGGUUAUGCACAUUAUUGUUUAGGUAAUUAUCGAGAGGCUGUGAGAUAUUAUGAUCAGGAUUUAUCUUUAGCCAAAGAUCUACAAGAUAAGAUGAAUAUGGGCAGAGCUUACUGUAAUUUAGGUCUUGCUCAUUUAGCAUUAGGAAAUCUGGAAACUUCACUUGAAUGUCAAAAAUACUUUUUAGCAAUAUCACAUAUGACAAAAAGCUUACAGGCAAAACUUCGUGCUUUAGGCAAUAUUGGAGAUAUACUAAUCAAGAUGAAAGAUACAGAAGAGGCUCUUAAAAUGUAUCAUCGACAAUUUACACUUGCUAGACAAAUUAGAGAUACAAGCAUGGAAGCAGCAGCAUGUAGUUCUCUUGGAUUAGCUAACAGAUUCAUAAAAUGUUUUGACAAAGCUUUAUCUUAUCAUUGCCAAGAGUUAGCUCUAAGACAAGAAGUAAAUGACUUGAAAGGUGAAUGUUGUGCUCAUGGACAUAUUGGAGCAGUAUAUAUGUCUCUUAGAAAUUAUACUAGUGCAAUAAAAUGUUAUCAAUUACAGCUCGAACGAGCAAAAGAACUAAGAGAUAACACAAUUGAAGCUGAAGCUUUUGGGAAUUUAGGUAUAGCAAGAAUGAACAUGGGAAUUUAUGAAGGAGCAAUUGGAUAUUUUGAACAACAAUUAGCCACUUUAGAACAGUUAUCUUCUCACACAUCUUUAACAGAUAAAGGUCGAGCAUUUGGUAAUCUUGGAGACUGUUAUGACGCAUUAGGAGAUUUUGAUGAAGCUGUAAAAUGUCAUGAACAAUUUUUAACAAUUGCAGUACAACUUCAAAAUCUUCGGGAUCUUGAAAAAGCCUAUAGUUGUCUUGGUCAAUCAUAUCGGCGUAUUGGACACCUUGAUCAAAGUCUUGUUUGUUUUGAAAAAAUACUAGUCAUUGCCCAUGAACUUAACAAUUCAGAAAUGAAAGCAACAUCAUAUAGUGAAUUAGGUUCUAAUCAUAUUAUGAUGGGAAAUUACCAACAAGCAGUGUCUUGUUUACAGAAUCAAAUUUCAAUAGCCAGAGAAUUAGGAGAUAGAACUCUUGAAGCAAAUGCAGCCUCUGCUCUAGGUUAUGCCCAUCAAUUGAUGAAACAAAACAGUGUUGCUCUACACUAUUAUAAACUAGAUUUAGAAAUUGGCAAGGAGCUCAAUCAACCAUUGCUGCAGUGUCGAGCAUAUGGAAAUAUUGGGAAUGUGGAAGAGAUUUUAGGAAACUUAAAUGAGGCUAUUAAAUAUCAAGAAGAACACCUGUCGAUUGCUAGUCAAAUUGAUGAUAUAACUGCAAAAGCUGCAGCAUAUGGAAGCUUAGGAUCAUUGCAUCAUACUUUAGGACAUACAAGUCAAGCAAUAAUAUAUCUUACUCAAGCCCUACAAAGUAUUGACAUGACAAGGAAACCCGAUGAAGAAGGACGUAUUAGAUUUAAACUUGGGAUGGCAUUAUUAGCUGAUGGACAAUCUGAUGCAGCAAGAGGUCAUUUAGAACAAGCAUCUGAAUUAUUAGAUAAUGCCCUAAAUACUAUUACUCUAGAAAAUUCUCAAUCUAUAACUCAACUUAGACAAGAAUGCUAUCAAGCUUUACAAACUGUGUUGGUGCAACUAAAUAGAUGCGAAGAAGCUCUUUUAGUUUCCGAGAAAUAUCGUAUUAGAGCAAAAACUCCUACUCACAAUACUAGAGGAAAACCUUCUCCAGAUUAUUAUAAAAUCAAUUCUAUUGAAAAUAUACUUGAUAUUGUAAAUAAACAAAAAGCAUCAGUUCUUUAUUAUAGUAUUGCAUCUGGUUAUUUGUUUUCUUGGCUUAUUGUACCAAACAAAGGAGUUGUUAAAUUCCAUGAAACAUUAAUUCAAACGGAAAACUGUGUAGAAAAUCUUUUAGCUUUAUAUCUUAAGGAUGUAAAGAGUACAUUAAAUGUUCAACAGCCAACAAUUGAUUCCGAAUUAAAUGAAGCUUGCCAUUUAGACGAAUUAGGAGAUAGGCUUGCUCAAGAUAAUGAGCGUGGUUACUUAAGAAUGGUAAACCGAAAUCAUUUAUAUAAUUCAAGUAACUACAGUCUAAGUAGUUUAUUCAGCGUCGGAAGCUUAGGCGGAAGUACUGUUGGGUCUACUAGUCGGCCUGGUAGUGUUAGAGCAAAGAAAACGAAAGCUUGGCUAAUUCCUGAUAGCUUAAACAAAUUAUAUGAGUUAUUAAUAGCUCCAUUUGAAGAUUUCCUGUUUGCACCUUGUGCUUCUCAUAGUAAAGGCUGUUCUGGUCGCAAAGAGUUGUUAUUAGUUCUCGAACAAGAUUUAUUAUUAGUGCCAUUUUCGAUGUUACAUCCAAAAAUAGAUAAUGAUUGUCUUUUAUCAGGAGAGUAUUUAAGCGAAAAAUUCAGUUUACUUGUUACUCCAUCAUUAAUGAAAUUCAAGGAAAAUCAAAGAGCUCAAAAGAAAGCUGGAGUUAAUGAAUCAUCAAAUAUGACUACACUAGUAGUUGGUAACCCAUUACUUCCAAACUAUCUCAAUGAACAACUAAGUCUCAAUGAACUACCACAUACUGAACAAGAAGCUAGUAUGGUAGCAGAAAUGUUACAAACAAAACCUUUAAUUAAAGCUCAAGCAAAUAAGCAAAACAUUUUAGAACAACUUGUUAAAGCAGAAUGCAUUCAUUUAGCUACCCAUGUUAGUUGGGAAUUAUCUGCUAUAAUAUUAUCUCCAGAUGAAAAUGAAACAGCUCCAGAAUCCGAUAUGAAUAUUUCUGAAGUGUUAUUAACUACAGAAGAUUUAUUAUCUCUUAAGUUAAGUGCAAGACUGGUAGUUUUAAGUUGGUCUCAUGCACGAGAUGAUUGGGCAACUUCAAAAGGACUUUAUGACCUGACCAAUGGCUUACUCGUGGCUGGGGCCCAAUGUAUACUUGUUUCUUUAUGGCCAGUACCAAGUACAGCUGCUAAGAUUUUGUUAAGAGCAUUUUAUUCAGCUUUAUUACAAGGAUCUAGGGUAUGCAGAGCUCUAUGUGAUGCAAUGCAAACAGUUCAACACACAAAACAUUUUUCUCAUCCAUCAAACUGGGCUGGAUAUUUUUUAAUUGGCUCAGAUGUGCGUUUAUCUAGCAAAGUAGCUUUGAUGGGACAGGCAUUAUGUGAAUUAUUAAAAACUCCAGACCGCUGUCGGGAUGCCUUAAGAGUUACUCUUCAUCUGGUUGAAAAAUCAUUACAACGCAUUCAUAGAGGACAGAAAAAUGCUAUGUAUACCACUCAAAAGAGCAUUGAAAAUAAAGUGGGUGAUGUUACUGGGUGGAAAGAACUUCUUCAAUCAGUUGGAUUUCGCUUUGAACCUGCUGCUAAUGGUAUUCCUUCUUCAGUAUUCUUCCCCCAAAGUGAUCCUGAAGAUAGGCUUACUCAAUGCAGCGCUAGUCUACAAGCAUUACUUGGUCUUAAUAGUACAACGUUAAGUGCAAUUUCAAAAUUAAUUCUUACAUCCGAUGUCACGGAUGAUAUUAUUGUUGUAAUACGGCAUGUAGUUGAACAAUUCAAUAAUAAACUUUUAUCUGAAAACGAACAAUCUGUUGAGAUGCCAGUCAAUAUGAAACUAUGGCAUACUCCUGGAUGUCAUGAACUUUUAGCAUCUCUUGGUUUUGAUUUAAUUGAAGUUGGCAUAAAUGAAGUUACACUUCGCACUGGAAAACAAGCCAAUAAACGUAGCAUACAAUUUGUUCUUCAAGCCCUAUUAGCCUUAUUUGACAUACAAGAAGCACCUAAAAGUCUUUCCUUAUGUUCAUCGAGUUCACUUGAAAGUGUAAUAACCGUUGAAGAUGAUAGACAAAACGAUUCACCUUUAAAACCAACUUCGACCAAUGCAUUACGUGUAUCUGGAAGCAAUGGCUCUGGAGCAUUUACCAGUUAUGUUAGGAAAAGAGGAGAACCUGAUGGAAGAACAGCUUCAGAUGCUUCCACACAAAUCACUAAGAAUUCAACGGGUAUAUUGAUUAUGCCAACAAUACUGAGCCGUAGAUCUGGUGGUACUAAUGGUGGUGGAGAGAGUGAUGCUGCCUUCACACCUUCACCACCAAUCCCUGGAUUGGGAGACGCACUAAGUAAAACUUUAGCACAUCAGACUAAGAUUAGAAAUCUAUACUCUACUCCUGUUAGACCAGAUUCAUCAAGUUCUGCAAGUUCUGCCACAGAUUGGGAAGGAAAUGGGCAUUCCACUAUCCUUCGUCGUGGAACUCAUUCACUACCUCCUAUACCUCCGAUUAAAAAACUUCAUAAAACAAAUGAUAUUUUAGACAACAUUGUUGUCGAAAAUGAAGUAAAUCAGUCGGAGAAUACCGAAAAAAUGUCAAUAUAUCUUGCGCAAGUAUUGGAUAUAUCUGAAAAAGAACAAACUCAACCGCAGUCUAACAUUGAUGUGAACAGUGGAAUUCAAAAUCACAUCAGAACUUCACAAUUACGACAAUUAAACUACGAACCAAAACCUACGAUAUCCGAAGUGUAUCAUGAACGUAAAAUUGGGUUAGGAUUAGCACCAUCCUUGUUAAAACUGUUGUCGCUUGAUAAGCAUUCAAACAAAGAUAAUAAAACCAGUUGGUUGUCACCAUCUAUGUUAAAAAGAUUUGGUGGAGAUACCUCACAAGAGACAGCUUAUGGCGAGUUAAAUAAAAGAGACGAAGGGGAUGGACGAUCAGUUGCCGAAUCCCAAUCAAGUACUGGGAGUUAUAAAAAACGAACUGAUACAAACACAUUACGAAAUUUUGAAAGUCUAAUUGAAGAAGAAAACAAUGUGAAAGAACCAAAAAUAAGGUUGAAGAAAAAAUCGUCUUAUGUACCUCCACCACCACCGAGUACUUCUGCUAAACUAAUACCUGACUCGUAAAUAAAAAUAUUUUUAUAGAUUAAAUGUUUAAUGGUUUAUUUUUUUUUUACUGAAAAUUACUAUUUGUGUAU